CAGGCCGCGGGAAAUCCUUCCGGCUGAAGCUGCCGGCACUGCUGGCCCUGGCCGGGAGCAAGCAGUCGCUGCCGCCGGAUGAGCCGGAUGAAGCCGUGGUGGUGGACCUGUCCAAGCCCAGCAGUGAGUCCGUGGCUCUGGACGAAGUCACCUCCUCCCUGGACCACGCCUGCCUGGGCUGCCAGGAAGAGGAGGAGGAGGAACCGGAGCCAGAGGACCGGCGUGCCUUGAUGGAGCACAGGGGGGACGGCAGAGAGGACCCCCCAGUCACACACUCCUCGCCACGAAUGGACAAGGCCACCCUCCUCCACCUGGAGGCCUCCUUCUCCAACUGCAGCCUGACCCGCAGCCGCUCGCGCGAGAGCUUCUACAGUGUGCGCCGGGCGUCCUCGGUGGACGACAUCGAGGCCAUGAAGGGCGAAGGGGAGAAAGGCUGGGCCCACAGCCGGCAUGCCAGCACAGGGGCCAUGAACAACGCCCGGAGCCACCUGCUCAACUCCACCUCCGAUUCGGACCUCAUGCGUUACCGGGCGAUCAGCAAGAUCCCUCAGAUCACCCUCAACUUUGUGGACUUCAAGGCCGAGGCCUUCCUGACCUCCCCCUCCAGCGAGAAGGAGAUCAUCGCCCCCAGCAAGCUGAAGGACCGCACCCACAACGUCACAGAGAAGGUCACCCAGCGCAUCCAUAAGUGGACCAUUCUGCACUACAGCCCCUUCAAGGCGGUCUGGGAUUGGCUGAUCCUGCUGCUGGUCAUCUACACGGCCAUCUUCACCCCGUACUCGGCCGCCUUCCUGCUGAACAACCCGGAGGGGCGGGACCAACGGCCCUGCAGCUACUCCUGCAGCCCCCUCAACGUGGUGGACCUGAUCGUCGACAUCAUGUUCAUCAUCGACAUCCUGAUCAACUUCCGCACCACCUACGUCAACACCAACGAAGAGGUGGUCAGCCACCCGGCCAAGAUCGCCAUCCACUACUUCAAGGGCUGGUUCCUGAUCGACAUGGUGGCGGCCAUUCCCUUCGACCUGCUCAUCUUCGGCUCCGGCUCGGAAGAGACCACCACCCUGAUUGGGCUGCUGAAGACGGCCCGGCUGCUGCGCCUGGUGCGCGUGGCCCGCAAGCUGGACCGUUACUCGGAGUAUGGCGCGGCGGUGCUCUUCCUGCUGAUGUGCACCUUCGCCCUGAUCGCCCACUGGCUGGCCUGCAUCUGGUAUGCCAUCGGCAACAUGGAGGGCAAGACCAUCGGCUGGCUGCACUCACUGGGCGGGCAGAUCGGCAAGCCCUUCAAUGAGAGCACAUCGCACCUUGGCCCCAGCAUCAAGGACAAGUACAUCACCGCCCUCUACUUCACCUUCAGCAGCCUCACCAGCGUCGGUUUUGGCAAUGUGUCGCCCAACACCAACCCUGAAAAGAUUUUCUCCAUCUGCGUCAUGCUGAUCGGCUCACUGAUGUACGCCAGCAUCUUUGGGAACGUCUCGGCCAUCAUCCAGCGGCUGUACUCUGGCACCGCACGCUACCACACCCAGAUGCUGCGGGUGCGAGAGUUCAUCCGCUUCCACCAAAUCCCCAACCCCUUACGCCAGCGCCUAGAAGAAUAUUUCCAACACGCCUGGUCGUACACCAACGGCAUCGACAUGAAUGCGGUGCUGAAGGGAUUCCCCGAGUGCCUGCAAGCCGACAUCUGCCUGCACCUGAACCGCACCCUGCUGCAGAACUGCCGUCCCUUCCGGGGCGCCAGUAAGGGCUGCCUGCGCGCCUUGGCCAUGAAGUUCAAGACCACCCACGCCCCGCCCGGGGACACCCUGGUGCACGCCGGAGACGUCCUCACUGCCCUCUACUUCAUCUCCCGCGGCUCCAUCGAAAUCCUCCGAGGAGACGUGGUGGUGGCCAUCCUAGGAACACCUGGGGGAAUCGAGGUCCCAGCCCAAGGUGCUGCACAUGGGCCAGAACUGCCAGGCUCCCGCUGCCGCCAGGUGGGAGCCCUGCCUCAGCAGUUCAGCCGUGUCUAGCCCCGCCUCUAGUGACGAGGAGGAGACCCCCGUCCCCAUCUCCAGGGCCACGGAGUUGUCGCCUUUCCAUGUGACCAUGGGACCCCUGGCUGUUCCGCCCUCCGCAGCCCUCCCUGAGGAGCCGAGCAGCGACUCCUGCAACCCUCUAUCCGGAGCCUUUUCAGGUGUGUCGAAUAUCUUCAGCUUCUGGAGUGAGAGCCGAGAACGUCAGUAUCAGGAGCUGCCCCGCUGCCCGACUCCUGCCCGCCCCACCCUCAACCUCCCCCUGGCCGGCAGCGGCAGCCUCCCCUCCAGCAGGCGGCAUCGCGCUGAGCUGGAAGGCCGCCUGGACCUGCUCCAGAAGCAGCUCAACAGGCUGGAGAACCGCCUGACAACGGACGUGGCCUCCAUCUUGCAGCUGCUGCAGCGCCAAGCCAUCCUGGUGCCUCCCACCUACAGCGCCGUCUCCUCUCCGCAGCACCCAUCGAACGCCGAGCCCACCUCAGGGGAGCACCCCCUGGCCCUCCCCCCCAUCCUGGCCCAGGCGCUCUGCACCCGGACACAGAUGCCUCAUUUUCCAUCUCUCCGGGUGGACACUACCGAAUCUACUGAUGAGGUGGUAUUGCUGGUGGAGCCGCCCUGCGUGGCCCCUCGGCGCCUUUCUCUCCCGGGACAGCUGGCUGCCACGGGGGGACCGGACUUGCCUCCCGAUUUGCACAGACACUGCUCGGACCCCGGCAGUUAAUCAACUCUGGACGAAGACCCAGAUGAGGGUCUCUUCACGAUGGGGAGUAUACAGUGGACAAAGAUUGCCAGGAGCCUGCGCGGCCCACCCAAGGGGCGGCUGCCUGGCAUGGCCAAGCAGGGCUAGCCACUCUCCCAUGAUGACGUUAGCUGGCCUAACAGCUGGGCAGAUCCUGGAGGAUGCCUGGGGAACUGGCGGAAGGGCUGCAAGAACUGUGGACGACGACGUGGUGUGAAGGACAUGAGGAGGAUGUAGGCGGAGCCAACAGGACACUGACGGCAAGGAUCUGAACUUUGUGAUGUACCAUCCUUCAUGGGUUCCGGGGUUUCAAUCAACCCAGGUGGCUGAGUGGGGAGUCCAGGAGGAAAAUGGGUGCUCCUAUAGGGACCCCAAGCUGGAACCCCUGAGGAGGGCAGCGGGACACCUCCCCAUCUCCUUAUGGGGAGUCUUUGUGAUACUCGGAGGGCCCCCGUACCCCGCUUUCUUUUUUGAGAGACCCUCUCCCCUCCAGGACUUUCAUAAUCCAACCUUUGCUUCACCAAAGCGAUUUCUCGGUGGGGUGUGGGGAGGCUCCAGCUGAGCAAUAAUUCCAAGCCCUUUGAGUCCAUCAGGGGGGACCGUUCGAGAUCGGAGCAGCCCGCAUGGGAGAGCUGAGAAGUUGUGAGAGUUGUGGACAGGCGGGUGUGGGUCAUUUACUGCUGGAUCACUCCUCCCCUCUUAGAAACCUGUGUUCACAGCUCCUCCCCAUUACACAUGGGGCUGCAGGCAGGGCAUCACUCCCCAUCUAUUUGAGGGGUGUGUUCUCUGCACAGUGCACCCCACUUUCUCAGCCACUCCUAAAUGUUCCGACUGAUGGGAAAAUGGGGUGUAGGGGGACACAGUGGUGAAUGGGGGGAGGUCUCCUCCCCACGUCCCAUUGCAUCCCCCUCCCCUUUAAAGCAGCAGCCUGCUGGAUGCAACCCCCUUCCUGUCCUUCCCCACCGGUCCCUCUCACUUAGUAGCAGACAGCUAGGUUCCAUCAAGGGGGUGCUGACGGCGCCCCCCACACUGCAGGUUUCCAGACCCCCCCUCUUCUCCCAGCUUGCCCCACACA